AAAUGAAAAUGCCUGUUUUCGGGUAAUUUGGUUGUCUUUUGAUGUUGUGAAUGUAUGAUUAUGCUCUCACUGGAUGUAACGGUAGGAAAGGGUGCUUUGGGAAGCUGCGUGUAGCUACUAUUUGUCAGUGAGCUGUGAGCGCGCCCCACCCAGAUAUCUCGAACACUAGAUGGCGCUAGAGCACACAGUACUUCUGCUGGCCGUGACGCAGCUAGCGCGCUUUGCUAUGGGCCCGCCCCCUCCCGCUGUCACUGCAUAUUCAUGAGCUCUGCUGUGUCCAGUGAUUAGUGAGCGCUGCUCUCCCCACCUCUCGUCGAGCUGCUUAAUAUUGAUGAGCCUCGGUAACAGAUACACACCCUCGGUGUAUGGAGCGACGGGGGCUGUCUAUCUGAAGCAAUUAAGGAGGGAAUGCUAGAUCAUCAACAUCAUCUCCAUGAUGGCGCAGGGCAGAGCUGGGGCUUCCUAGAAGCGCUCCCCGUGGAAUGCUUCACCUCGUCCCGUGGAAUGUCGGGGGAUUACCCGUAGAGUCUUCGUGUUGUCUGCCGUGGAGUGAUCCAGGAUCCUCUAUAGAUAGCUGGAAGCUUCGCGUUCGCACCUUGUCACACGAGCCAUGGAGCAGGGAGCCGUCGGGAUCCCCUUAGUGGGGCCGGCAGAGGAGAAGAAGAGGCGCCCGGUCCCCGACGGGAGCUCAGCUCCGGCCAGUCUCCAACCUCCCCCAGCCGGGUCAUCCAGCGCGAACUCCAUGCUGCUCCGGAGGAGGCGGCGGCUCAAGAGGAAUGUGUCCGCCGCCCCCUCGUCGGCUUCGCAGUGUGCUGCCACCCCCUCCCCCGGGCCUGGUACCCGCAGCCUGGACAGGAAGAGCCUGAUGAAGUACAAGCAGUGGGUGCAGCUGCAGCCCCAGGACCGCGAGUGGGUGCGCUCCGAGCUGCGGAGGGGCUGCAUUCAUGUGUACGAGCGGCACGCCUCCCCCUGUCUCAAGCCGCUGCUCUGCACCCUGGAUACCCCGGCAAGCGAGGUUGCAGCCCGCCUCCUCCGGCCGGGGGGAAGCUCGUCGGGUGUUAUGAGGGUGCUGGGCCAGGCUCCGAGUGCGGCCGCUGCGCCCGGCGAUGUUAAAGCGGAGGCGGCCCCUGGCAGAGAAGCUUGGGUGGGCACUCCUCAGAAAAUCACUCGGAGAGACCAGGAGGUGGGCUGCCCGGCCAGUGUGGUGAUCGGACUCACUCGGGAAUGUUGGGGUGCCGGGGAAGCGCAUGGCAUCUCCCAGCCCGCGGAGGAAGCGCUGCACCCCAACUCGGACUCUGACAGCCUGAGCCCCACUGUAUGCCAGGGGCUGGAGCUCUUCCACUGCGGGGCUGCCUCUUCCACCUCGUCGUCCUCUGUUGAGGAGCUGGCCGGGGAGCCCCCGAUCUCCCAGGCGGUGACUGUACCUGCCCAGCCCCUGCCAGCUCUGAAGCAGGGCCACGGGGCCCUCUAUGUGCAGCUUCACGGAGAGGGUAGCCGGAGACUGGAGCCGCACGAGAAGCCCCUGCAAGUGCAGAAUGACUACCUCUUCCAGCUGGGCUUCAGGGACCUGUGCAGGGUGCAAGAGGAAGGCAUGGAGCCCGAAAUCGGCUGUCUCGUCCGUUUUUAUGCAGGAAAGCCAAAUGGAACAAGUAUUUCUGAACGAACUCAGCUCUCUGGAACCUACAAUGUUCGGAAAGGGAAAAUGCAGUUGCCUGUGAACCGUUGGACAAGAAGGCAAGUUAUUCUGUGUGGGACAUGCCUUAUUGUGUCAUCGGUGAAGGACAGCCAGGCUGGGAAAAUGCACGUACUCCCUCUAAUUGGUGGAAAGGUGGAAGAGGUAAAGAAACACCAGCACUGCCUGGCAUUCAGCUCCUCCGGACCUCAGAGUCAGACAUACUACAUCUGUUUUGACACAUUCACGGACUACUUGAGAUGGCUGCGACAAGCCUCCAAGAUUGCAUCUCAGCGCAUCAGUUCUGUUGACCUUUCUUGCUGCAACUUGGAACAUCUGCCCGAGAGCUUGUUUUACAGUCAAGAUCUUACACAUCUCAACCUGAAACAGAAUGCCCUCCGGCUGUGUCUUGCACCUACAGCAGAAGGGACACUUGAUGAUCUCCAGAGGUUCACCAAGUUGAAGAGCCUCAACCUUUCUAACAAUAAUUUGGGAGAAUUUCCCCUGGCUGUUUGCAGCAUUCCCACUUUGACAGAACUCAAUCUUUCAUGCAAUGCACUUCAGGCCAUUCCCCCAGGUGUGGGCGACAUGAACAACCUGCAGACGUUCCUUCUCGAUGGCAACUACCUCCAAGUGCUCCCUGCCGAACUUGCAAACAUGCAGCAGCUAAGCUAUCUAGGCCUCUCCUUCAAUGAGUUCACAGAAGUUCCUGAGGUGCUGGAAAACAUGGUGGCCAUUGACAGGCUGUGCAUGUCCGGAAAUGUUCUGGAGGUCUUGCAGCUGCAGGUUUUGAGAAGAAUGCCUCAGAUAAAGCAUGUUGAUUUAAGGUUGAAUGCAAUCAAGAAAUUGUUGGUAGACGAACCCGACUUUCUACUUCAUAUAACCCAGUUGGAUCUGCGAGAUAACAAGAUGACUGAACUUGAUGUGACCGCUUUCAGUAACCUAGAAGUCCUGCAUUGUGAGAGGAACCAUUUGACCUCGCUCAAGAUUAGUGGCUACUUUUUAAAGGCUCUCUAUGCUUCAUGUAAUGAGCUCGCUGAUGUUGAUGUGUAUCCAGCCCCCUGUCAUCUAACCUACAUAGAUAUUUCCAGAAAUGAUCUGGACUGCCUUCCGGAGUGGGUUACUGACAGCAAGAACCUAGAGGUUCUGGAUGUAAGCCACAACCACCUAAGUGAGCUUCCUGCUGGGUUAUUCUGCACCAGUGGUCUGCGCAAGCUGCUCGCCGGUUACAACAACCUUGUCCGACUUCCGGAUCACAUCGAAUGCACGCAGCUAGAGGUAUUAGACCUGCAACAUAACCAGCUCACAGAGCUUCCGGCAAACUUGUUCCUAAAAUCAGAGAGCUUAAGAUGCUUGAAUGCCUCUUCUAACCGCUUGGAAAUGCUCCCAGCCUCGUGCCUGUCAGAGGAGACCCAGAGCGUGCUGCAGGAGCUGUAUCUGACUAAUAAUAACCUCACAGACAAGUGUGUGCCCUUAUUAACAGGACAUCUACGUUUGAAGAUCCUACACAUGGCCUUCAAUCACCUGCAGACCUUUCCAGCAAGCAAAAUGGCCAAGCUGGAAGAGCUAGAGGAAAUAGAUAUCAGCGGAAAUAAGCUGAAAGCGUUGCCUACCACCAUCAUGAACUGCAGACGUAUGCACACAGUGGUCGCCCAUUCCAACUGCGUGGAGGUCUUCCCUGAAGUCAUGCAGCUCACUGAAAUCAAGUGUGUAGACCUUAGCUGUAACGAACUGUCUGAAAUAACGCUGCCUGAAAAUCUGCCUCCCAAAUUACAAGAACUGGACCUCACUGGAAACGCCCGCCUGCUUUUGGACCACAAAACACUGGAGCUGUUGAAUAGCAACAUACGAUGUUUCAAGGUGGAUCAGCCUUCGUGUGGAUUCUCUGCCAGUGAAGGAUCCGGUGCACCAGCAGUCUGGAGUCACGGAUAUACCGAGGCGUCCGGGAUGAAGAACAAGCUCUGUGUGGCAUCCGUGUUGGUCAACAACUUCUGUGAUAACAGGGAAGCUGUGUAUGGUGUGUUUGAUGGGGAGCGGAAUGCAGAGGUACCCAGUCUGUUGCAGUGCACCAUGAGUGACAUUCUGGCUGAUGAGCUGCAAAAAACAAAGAGCGAGGAGGAGUACAUGGGGAACACCUUCCUUGUCAUGCAAAGGAAGCUGGGCACGGCGGGGCAGAAGAUGGGAGGCUCAGCGGUUCUCUGCCACAUAAAGCACGAUCCCAUGGACCCCACAGGCUGCUUCACGCUGACCUCUGCCAAUGUGGGCAAGUGCCAAACUGUGCUGUGCAGGGAUGGGAAGCCACUGAACCUGUCCAAGUCUUACACGGUUAGCUGCGAAGAAGAACUGAAGAGGGUGAAACAGCACAAGGCUAUCAUCACAGAGGAUGGGAAAGUGAAUGGAGUGACUGAUUGUACUCGUAUUUUGGGAUACACCUUUCUUCACCCCAGUGUUACCCCUAGGCCUCACGUUCAGUCUGUUGCACUUACUCCUCAAGAUGAAUUCUUCAUUCUUGGGAGCAAGGGCUUGUGGGAUAGCCUAUCAGAAGAGGAGGCUGUGGAAGCCGUUAGAAAUGUACCAGAUGCGCUGGCAGCCUCCAAGAAAUUGUGCAGCUUGGCUCAGAGCUAUGGAUGCAGCUCUAGCUUGUGUGCUGUGGUGGUCCAACUCAAUGUCACAGAGGACUGCUUCUGCUGUUGUGAAAUGAAUGGUGGGAUACCACCUCCAAGUCCUGGGAUCUUCACCCCCUCUGUCAAUGUUGUCAUCAAGGACCGUGCCCAAGAUAGCCUAGGUAUGCCAUCAUCCAGCAGUGGUCUGGCCUCAGAGAUCAGCAGUGAAAUUUCCACAUCAGAAAUGAGCAGCGAAGUAGGAUCCACAGCGUCUGACGAACCGCCUGCUGUGUCACUUCAUGAGAACGGAGUUGGACCUGCCGUGUGUCCAAUUGAACAACGAUGUACACUACAUCCUGUCUGUCUCUCCAGCUCCUUCCAGCGGCAGUUGUCCAGUGCCACCUUCUCCAGUGCCUUCUCUGACAAUGGUUUGGACAGCGAAGAUGAGGAGCCCAUUGAAGGCGUAUUCUCAAAUGGGAGCCGUGUUGAAGUAGAAGUUGAUAUUCACUGUUCUCGAACCAAGAACGGAGGACAGACUAUACCUACCGUUCUUCCAGAGACCGCUGAUGAGGGCAUUGUUAUCAGCGCCAAUGAAGAUGACCCUGGGGGGCCAGGGAGAAGGCAGGACUUCUCUUCUAACACUCUUGGUCGCCAGAGAAGAGGCAAUGGCUCUGUAGCACCUCUAGAAAGAAGCCACAACCUGAUUGAGAUUGCGGCUGAUGCUCCUUUACGAAAGGCAGGCGGUUAUUUUGCAGCCCCAGCCCAGCCUGAUCCUGAUGACCAGUUUAUUAUACCACCUGAACUUGAAGAGGAAGUAAAAGAGAUCAUGAAACAACAUCAGGAACAGCAGCAGCAACAAUUACAACAACAAUUACAACAGCAGCAAUUACAGCAACAGCUACAGCAACAACAGCUGCAGCAACAUAGGCAGUAUCAAAUGGACCAGUUGCAAGACUAUGAUGAUACACCACUAUGACCCUUGGGUUCUAUGCUUCAUUUUAAAAGUCCUGAGCUUUCUCAGCUCUUCCAGUGACAUGUGAAAAAUCAAACUUUUAGGUACCUUUUUGAAGCAUCUGCUCUUACCCCACACUUAAUCCUUUCCUAAAUCUUUCUUAUGUCCUCUUUUUGCUCUUCUUUUCUUUAGACUCACCGUUCACUCCCCCACCUUUUUGUUUUAAUAAUCACCAGCUACAGACGCUUUAACAAAAAGUUUUAAUCACUGUUUUCCAUAACAUAUCAUAUGUUUAAGGAAAUCAAAGGAGUUUGAAGAUAAAAAAGUUUUGAUGAAAAAAUGUUUAAUAUAUUGCAGAGAAACAAAUACAGAUUUGUAAUAUUUUUUAAGAAAAAAAUAAAAAGAAUAGUUUUGUUUACUGAGGAUAUGAAGCAGUGUGUCCAUGCUGAAGAAUUGUAAUGUAAUGCGCCUUUUUGGAUGAGAAAAAGGAAAAAUGAAUGCCUUUUUUUGUAGAAUGUGGGUUUUGAAAGUGCUAGGUAUUUGUAGAUCAAUAUGACUUAACUCUUAGGAGUUGCUUACUCUUUCCGGUGACUUAAAUCACGGAGUUUCACUAAUUUUCUCUGAGAGAACAGUUGAUUAGGAAAAAUGACUCUUUCACUGCUGGCAGAGACUGUCCGCUUGCACUUAAAGAGUUACUGUAUAUAGCUUACAUAUUGUAUAGUGUUCCAGUAUGAUUCACCCUGUGGUGCUGCAGCUGUGCGGAGGUUUUGCUGGAUACACACAUCGAGGGCAAUGUUCUCAGCUGAUCACUGCGUCACUGGGGGAAUUAAAAUAUGUUGUAGUCUUGGCAAGGCACAACCAGGAAUUGGAGGAUUUCCUUUAUCUAUGAAUUACAAUAUGUUCAGAUAGACCAUGUUAACCUUUCCUUCCAACUUGCCUUGUGUCCUGUUUCGCCACCACAAUCCAGCAUGAUUGUACAGAGCUAAUUUUAGAUGAUUCAACCUGCCCAGAGUUAUAUCAAUGCCGAAUGCAAAUGGACAUGUCAUCAUUUUUGGUAUAAUAAACAUCAGACUUUACAAUGAAUAA